CGGCGCGAACGGUCUCUCUCCCCCGGAGUGGAAAACGUGGCCGGGUGCAACAGAUAAAUUCCGUGCGUCGUCCUCAGUCAAUAACGAGUUCCCAGUUAGCGCUGGUCACACAACCGCGGCUUGCAAAAUCGGCAAUAUCGCAUCUUACGUCUCGCGCUCACUCGAGAAGAAGCUCCGCGGAUGUCGGGACACAUCGAACGAGUACCUCCCCGCGGCGUACACGCAAAGAGCGAUACUCCCGAAUAUUUGCUAAAACGACAUCGACCGUGCACGACGUAGAGAGACUUGACGUAUUUAUAAAAAUCUCAGACUUAUUUACGAUAAAGACGAACGCUCGAACCGUAUAGCGUUCGACGCGCAAUUUUCUCAGAUCUGAAGAUAAAGCGGAAUCCGAAAGCGGCGGCUAUCCUCAGAAUUUUCCGGAGCAAUCUAGUGAAUAUCUCGAAGAUUUCGCUUGAAAUAAUAAAACCGCUGGUCGUUAGAUUAGACACGGCUUGCAAAGAAGGCGCAAUCUCAAACGCAAGCGGAUCGCGAUUUUUCGUGGAAACGCACUAUCAAGCGAAUAGUAAUACGAACGCAGAUAGUUCAGCAGAAUAAACAACUCGGUAAAUCGGUAUUUAUUGUAUGUACAUACGACGAUAUUUAUAUCUGGACGAAGAAGACUGAAAGUAGAGAAAGAGUAAAACUCGCGGCACGUCUAAACUGGACAAUUAAUUUAUUUCGAGUUGUUCGACGCUUUCGUAUUUUUUUUUCAACGAGUCCACUCCACGCUUCCGUAUCUUUUGAAUGCGAGGCGAUCGAUGAAUGAUGACGAUUUAAAGUACUUUGCGAUACGAGAUAUCGAGCUUAUUAUCAAAUAUAUAUAAAUACCGGAAUCGCGAGUAGUGUAAAGGUAUAUAAAGGGUUGAAUCGCGACACAGAGAAAGAGUGAGAAGAGCAUUGGCAUUCUCGUAAAAAAAAGACUGACAACUCUUUUUUAAGAUUGCAAAUCACCGUUUUGUGCGGAGAAAAGUCACCGCACAGAGGUCAUCGGCCGUUAUUUGAUUGACGCGAUUAAUUAUCGAAAAGUAAGACAUUGAAAAAAGACGCCAUGACGAACAUACCGGACGUUAAUAACGCAAACGGACGAACGGAUGUUAAUGACGCAAAUGGACAGACGGACGUUAAUAAUGCGAAUGGACAAACGAAUGUCAAAAAUGCGAACGAACAAAAAGACAUUAAUAAUGUAAACGAGUACAUUAAUAACACGAGUGGACAAACUGACGUUAACAAUGCAGGUGGGCACAUAUCGGCGUGCGUGGAGAUCAAGAUGGAACCCGGCGUCACAGAGGAAAAAAAAUGGGAACGAGCCGGAAUAACCUAUCAAAUACUGAUGGCCUUAUGCGCCAACGUCGUGGUACUGGGCCCAGCGAUGGGUUUCGGUUACAGCGCCGUGGCAGAGCCCGCGAUGAUAGCCGAGAAAACCGACGGUGACAUACAACUCGAUGCUAACCAAGCAAAUUGGAUGGCCACUGUGUCGGCGUUGGGUACACCUAUCGGUUGCCUACUCUCGAGCGUCGUGAUGGGACGAGGACGAAAGGUCAGCAUGUUCGUGACGUCGUUGAUCUCAUUGGCGGGCUGGGUGACGAUCUACAUGUCGAACAGUUACGUACAGAUCUUGAUCGGAAGAUCGAUUUCCGGAAUAUCCACCGGCAUGGCGUCGGUUCCGACGACGGUGUACGUAGCGGAAAUAGCGGGACCGAAGUGGCGAGGCACGAUGGUUACGUGGACCAGUAUCUCCAUCGCUCUUGGUGUCCUCAUUGUUUACAUCUUCGGGAGUAUUUUUCCGGAUGACUGGCGACUGGUGGCCUUACUGUGCGCUCUAUUCCCGCUUUGCGCAAUCGCCCUCACCUUGCUGGCGGUACCCGAGACUCCCCUGUGGCUGCGGGAUCAAAAUCGGCCCGACGAGGCGCUAGAGAUUAUGAAGAAAUUCCGCGGAAUACCGAAGGACCAGCCGGCACCGGCGGAAGUCUUGUUCGAACUGAAACCGCGGCCGCAGAAGAAGAAUCAGAACCUGCUGAAGCAUCUGGUGAAGAGGAGCUCCCUGGUGCCGUUCGGCAUAAUGCUCAGCUUCUUCUUGUUCCAACAGUUCUCCGGUAUCUUCGUGGUCAUAUACAACGCCGUCGGGAUCAUGGCCAAGUCGGGCGUUCAAGUGAAUCCUUACCUCGGCGCGGUAUUGAUCGGCGUCGCUCGUUUCAUAGCCAGUCUUCUGACGGCCGGUGUGUCCCGGAAGUUCGGCCGACGAAUACCGUCGAUGAUUUCCGGCGUCGGGAUGACGAUCUUCAUGGGCGGCCUGUCGCUCUAUCUCUUCCUAUCCGAGAAGGGAACCGUCAUGGCGGACAACGGGAUAGUCCCGGUGAUUUGCAUGGUGAUGUAUAUAUUCACGAGCACCCUGGGCUUCCUGGUGAUCCCGUUCGCCAUGGUGGGCGAAGUGUUCCCGUCCAAAGUCAAAGACAUAUUAUCCGGCAUGACAGUUGCCAUAGGUUAUCUCUUCAGUGCAAUAACCAUCAAGACGUAUCCGGAUAUGGAGAGGCUGAUGGGCAUGCACGGCGUGUUCCUAUUUUUCGCGAUCGUCUCUUUGGUCGGCGCAAUAUUCAUCCUUUUAUUCCUGCCCGAAACGAAGGGCAAGACCCUGCACGAGAUCGAGGACAUGUUCUCGGCAAAGAAGAAGGCGUUUGAGUUGCAGCCGACGGAGGGAAUAGUCGGAGAGAUAGUCGCCCCGACUUCCGUCGGUCUCCUGAGAAAUUGAGAAUAUUUAUCGUUUAUGUGCGGGCAAAUAACUGUCAGGACAGUAGAUAAUAAUUAAAUGCACGAAGGAAGACAAGGUCGUGCGAUAUCGUACGAGUGUCAGAGUCGGACGGCCGAUGGGAAAGUAAUAAAACGGAUGCAAUGUCGUUUUGUGAUGCUUCAAGAUACCAUUUAAAAGAGAUACAAUCGAACAAGAUAUCUCUUAUAUUUAUUCUAAAUACGUUAUACCUAGAGAUCUUUCUAUCGUACAUUUCACAAAGAAGAUAAUAGACAUAAAUAUAUUUGCUUAGAGCUGACAAAGAGAAGUAAAACGUAACAGAAGACGAAACUUGAUGCUGUCAUCUCGAUAAAAAUUUUAUCAUUAAAACGAAAACAGUGCCAUAUAUCAAUACGUAGUUCCACACGUGCAAAAAUGUAUUCGCAAAUUGCAAUGAAAUGAGAUUAGAUUUGUACUAGUUUGGGACUCGCAAGAGAGAGAUAUGUAAUCUCGACAAUGAUAUUUUGAUAAGACAAUACAUAUCAUAUUAUUUAAUUAAAAUUCAAUACAUACUUAUUGUUCAAUAGUUGGAGCAUAGCCUGAUCUUCAAAAUCGUCCAAACUUAUCAUAACACGUUUCAUAAAUUUAGCUGUAACAGCUAGCCAAAUAAAAUUAAAUAUAUCACGGACGAUGUCGCUGAAGAUCUAAAGAAAAAGAUAUUGCGUAAAAUCGAUUUUAUCGAUUAUGCAUAAUUUUUUAAUUAAAUAUAGGACUUGUCAUUAAUAAAUUGCUACUAUUACUACUCAACAAUUGAAAAAAUUGUAAAUACAAAAUUGAACGAAGGCACGUGGCGCUUAUAUUUAAGUGCUAAAUGCACGAGUUAAUUUAUUACUAGUUAUUUUUAUUUUUCGUAAAUAAUUAACACGCGACAUUUGAUAAGGUCGACAGAUUGGCACGGUGACAACGAUCGAGAAUCGAUUCGAUAAAGCCUGGAAAGGAUUUUUCGUAUUCGCGUGUCACAGAUACACUUUGUUAGAUAUUUAUUUAAAGCUGGAGAGCAUUGCGAUAAUAAUCGAGGAUUUCUCCGCGAUUAAUUAAGUUGUCAUUUUGUGACAACAGCCUUUUACAAUUAACAAGUGUUAUUUUCCUUUGUACAAAGUAUUUAUCGCGGAGAAAUCGACAGAGCGCGAUGAUACCGACAAAAA